CACGAGCCCCGGGCGAGCUGCUGCCUCAUAGGUGUCAUGGCGGCCUCCUGUGCCUCGGUAGGUGUCAUGGCGGCCUCCUGUGCCUCGGUAGGUGUCAUGGCGGCGCCCUGUGCCUCGGUAGGUGUCAUGGCGGCGGCAGGAAGCGGAAGUCGUUGCUGUCACGUGACACUCGCCCAGUUCCGCGUGCGGGUGGCGGGCCGCGGCCGCACGAUGCUCCUGCGCUCCUGGAAGUCGCUGUUCACGGGGCGGCUGCUGCUCCUGACCAACACCCUGAGCUGCGGGGGGCUGCUGGCGGCCGGGGACCUCCUGCAGCAGGAAUGGCACCGCCGCAAGCACCCCGAGAGCCAGCGGCAACUGGGGCGCACUGGCAGGAUGUUUGUGGUGGGCUGCAGCCUGGGGCCGCUGAUGCAUUUCUGGUACCUGUGGCUGGACUCCGCCUUCCCCGCGCGCGGCGCGCGGCGCCUCCGCUCCGUGCUCAAGAAGGUCCUGAUCGACCAGCUGGUGGCAUCCCCCAGCCUGGGGGCCUGGUUCUUCCUGGGCAGCGGCACCUUGGAGGGCCAAUCUCUCCAGGAGAGCUGGGACGAGCUGAAGGAGAAAUUUUGGGAAUUCUACAAGGCUGACUGGUGCGUGUGGCCGGCGGCGCAGAUCCUCAAUUUCCUCUUCGUGCCGCCCACCUACCGUGUGGUUUAUGUCAACGUGGUGACCCUGGGCUGGGACACCUACCUGUCCUACCUCAAACACAGGGAUCCACCUCGGCAGAGCCAGCGCAGUGCUGGGGCAUAGGGAGGACAUGAGGCCAUUCCAGAGGCUCCUGCCUGCACCAAAUGGAUUUCUGGGCAUUGUGCAUCACCCCAGCUGAGGGAAUGGAUGGCCAGGGCCAGCCCUACACCUGCCUGCUGCUGAUUAAUUUCAUCUGCUAAUUACAGCCAUGGGUUGGGCUUGUAACAAUCUCUUGUUGCAGGAUAACCUGUAAAGUGAUUUCUUCUGGGAUUUGCCCCCGGAGCUGGGGUGAGGAGGAGCUGGGAAGGUCCUGGCUGGAUUUGUUCCCUCUCCAGAGCAAACCAGCCCAGUGCCACCUGGAUCCCCACUGAGCAGAACCUGGGAAGGAAUUCUUCCCUGUGAGGGUGGGGAGACCCUGGAAUGGAAUUCCCAGAGCUGGAUCCCAGAAGAAUCCAAAGCCAGGUUGGAGCACUCUGGGAUGGUGGAAGGUGCCCCUGCCCGGGCAGUUUGGGAUUUAAGAUCAUCCCAAAGCCAAACCCACUCCCUGAUUCAUUCCAGCUCUCCCUGCAGCUCCUCUCUCCUUCCCCUCCUGCUUUUUCCUCCUGCAGCUCAGGGAUAAAUUGACUCCACUCCCCCCUGGCUGCCUCAGCUCCCGUUUCCCCCCAGCUCCGGGCGGGGGCUGCAGCCACCUGGAUCCUCUAUAAAUAGGGAUGUGAUUGCACCCGCUGGCUCUGCAGUGCUCAGGAGGUGGGGGGAAGGGUUUGGAGCCAAAUUUUGGCAGAGUUUGGGCCAUCACAUCCCUCUGCUCCCAGCCCUGGGCGAGCUGGAUGCUCCCUGCACGACCCAAGGAUUGAAUUAUUAUUUGCAUUGUCAAUGAAAAGUGCCUGAAUGGGAUUUUUUUAAAAUUUUUUUUUUUCCUGAUUUUUAAAGCUGUGCCUUAAUGUGCUGGUCACACAACUCCUCCCUCAACAGCAGCAGGGGGAUGAUAAUUUAAGAAUUAAAAAAAAAAAAAUUA